UCUUUAUAUCUUUCCAUGACCUUUCUUCCUCCCCUCUCCUUGUCCAAGAAUAAUUGCCAUUUGUUUCUCUGAAGUUCUUGGAACCCAUCAUCAGGUGGUCUAUCAUAAUAAAGAAGCAAAAAUAUGCUUAAACUCGGAGGGGUUCUCGUUUGUCUUAUGAUUGUGGCCAUGGAUGUUGCAGCAGGGAUUCUUGCCAUCCAAGCAGAAGUUGCACAAAACAAGGUUAAGCAUUUAAGGCUAUGGAUAUUUGAGUGCAGAGACCCAAGCCAUGAUGCUUUCAAGCUAGCUUUGGGUGCAGCAGCGCUGUUAACCCUAGGCCAUGUUCUUGCUAACCUGCUUGGUGGGUGCAUGUGUGUCUGUUCUCAAGAAGAGUUCCAGAGAGCCUCCCCUAACAGGCAACUCUCAUUGGCAUGUCUCAUUAUCACAUGGCUCAUAUUAGCCGUUGGAUUGUCCACGCUGGUAAUAGGGAUAUUAUCAAACAACAAAUCCAGGGCGUUCUGUGGUUUCACGCACCAUCAUUUCCUGUCCAUCGGAGGAAUUCUCUGUUUUGUUCAUGGGCUGUUUUCUGUUGCAUAUUACGUUUCUGCCACUGCAGCCAGUGACGAAGGAAAGUAAGAAAUGCCAUCUUUAGAGGAACCCCUUUUUCCCAACCCUCCUACCUCACGCACCUUUAUUGAUCAGUGAUCAACAAUCACUUUCGUCCUACAUGUAAAACAAAACGUAAGCAUCUUUAAAUGACGUUAUCAAUCUUGCGGGA